AUGAUGCAGAGUGCUGAUACGUCUGUAGCAAAAUUGCAUAUAGGCAGUGUUGACUUAGAAGUUGACAGCCACAUCUGUCUUGGCCAAGAAGUAAAUAUGCCCCAAGAUUUUGAGGCACCGCGGCACAAAAUAAAAGCAUUUGGCUGGGAUAAUUCGGAAGUUGGCGAUCUGAGUGGAUGUCCCUUCAUCGCCGAUCGGCAUCAGUAUUCCAGAGCCUUAGUGGCAGGCGUUCGUUGUUCGAGAAACGAUGCUCUGCCGACGACGGGAAGGCGGGAAUUCGAUGUGACAUCAAACCACUGGUUUAGGCGCCGAUUAAUCAAGCAUGAGAAAAUAGGGACGUUUGAAUUUGAGGUAUUUCAAAAUACGGGAGUUUUGGAUGCAAAAAUUUCAUUGGGCGAACAACGAAAAGUGGUGCUUUUGCUCUGUCCGGAAUCCACUACACCAGUAAUGCAGGGGAACGCGUACAAGUGUGCAGCUCAAUAG